AUGUCUGCCGUUACCAAUGCCAACUCUUCGCUCCCCGGGUACACUCUGAUUGGAACUCCGUUUUCGACAUUCACAAGAACAAUCGCUAUUGCACUUGUUGAAAAGGGUAUCACUUACCAACAAAUCAAAACACCUGCUCGCUCCGACGUAGCUGGUGAAUUUCACCCCUUUGGGCACCUACCCAUUCUCGUGAUUCCACGACCCAACGGACAAGAGGUUCACUUGAGGGAAGGCCAAGCGAUUGCUCAGUACUUGGAUAGGGUAGCGCCCACACCUACGCUGGAUUUAGAUGAAACCGAUGCUUGCGUGCCUGAGAAGAUGUGGGAGUUUGUUUGCUUGGUUGUGCGCUUUGGCUACCCGGCAAUUAAAACUGGUGUAGUACAGCCACGAGUAGAUGGUCUGGAUGCGUGCAAGCAUACGAUGACCGAAAUUAGGCAGCAAAUUAAGCAGGCCGGAGGUAUUGAUCAGCUGAAAGAUUUCCUCGCCAAGAUUGAGCCCCUAUUUAUGCCUGUGGGCCCCUAUAUCUUCGGCCAAAGGAUGACAUGGGCAGACGCCUUCUUGUACCCUCUUAUUGCAGACCUUAUGACAGUGCCCGAAAGCAUGUUUAUCAGUACACGCCUUCUUAAAUGGGCGAAGGUUAUGGAAUUAAGGAAAGGUGUGCAAGAGACUUUCCCGGGUACUUUGGCUGCUCGUGGCCGCCCAUGA